UUUAUGAUAGCUUCUUUGCAUCCUACAAGAGCAUUUCGACCUAGUUCAAGAUGACCCAAGAUCCAAAAGGUUACUACACUGAAAGCUUCCCUGCCCCUGGCCUUCGGCAAAUCUUUCGACACAUCACGGGCCAAAACGAACAGGGCCAGUCUGUAUUCUUGCACUCCGAUCAUGGCGACCACUAUCGGCUGAUGGUUGAGAAACAAGCGGUCGCCAAUAUCUUGUACUCUACCAGGGAGACGCCCGUUGAUCUCAAUGACAACGUCGACGUCAAAAAGGCUAAAGCCGAGGAGCCUCCGUUUCAUAUUGAGAAUGGAUCCAUCGUACGCAUGAUCGACUUUGGUCCGGGCGUCUCAUCGCCAGUGCACCGGGCCCUGACGAUAGACUACGGUAUUGUGGUGGAGGGCGUCUUCGAGCUGUGGCUCGACUCGGGCGAGAAGCGCAUCAUGCGCCAAGGCGACGUGUGCGUCCAGCGUGCGACAAACCACAAAUGGACGAACAUCACGGGCAACGGCACCCUGCCCGGCAGAAUGAUGUGGGUUCUGUUGGACUGUAAGACCGUAUAUGCCGCUGACGGCAAGAAGGUCGAGAGCGAUCUUGGAGAUCUGAAGAAGGAAUAUGUAGGACGUGGUACAUAUUAGAACAUACUGUUAUUGGCUAUACAGUAGUGCAAUAUACGUUGAUGUUACCAACC